AUGUGCAGCAUGAAUAAUCUUCUCCUGAUUCCAUACAAAUAUUGUACAGCAGGUGACAUAAUUAUUGGAGAGAUUGCUACCCAGUUUGAUUGCCUAUUUGAUAAAAUAUAUUUCAAUGAUCACCCCCAAACAAUGCUUGUAAAUGAACUUAUAACAACUCCCAAAAGUUACCAGCACGUCCUGUCCUUUGUAUUUGCUGUAAAGGAGAUCAAUGAGAAUUUGAAGGUCCUGCCCAACAUCACUCUGGGUUUCCACAUCUUUGACAGUUACUUGAGUGCCAGAAUGACCCAUCAAAACACUCUGCAACUUCUCUCUACCAGAGAAAGAAUUGUCCCCAAUUUCCAUUGUGACAAGCAGAAGAAGCUGAUGGCUGUCAUUGGGUCCCUUGACUCUGAAAUCUCACUUCAAAUGGGAAUUUUACUUCGUAUCUACAAGAUCCCACAGCUUCAUUUUUUUCUGAGGAAUAUCUCAUUUAACAACACUUCUGGAGACUUAGUGUCCUUUGAUGAAAAUAGAGAAUUAGCAGCUGGAUUUGAUAUUAUCAACUGGGUCACUUUUCCAAAUAAAUCCUUCUUAAGAAAAAAAGUUGGUAUGAUUGAUCCACAAGCUUUGCCAGGCCAGGAGUUCACAAUCAAUAGGGAGGCCAUCACAUGGCACGGCAUAUUUAAUCAGGUACCUCCUCAAGCUAGGUGUAAUGAUCAUUGCCAUCCAGGAUACAGUCGAAAAAAGAAGGAGGGGAAGCCAUUUUGUUGCUAUGAUUGUGUUCCAUGUCCAAAUGGGAAGGUUUCAAAUCAGGAAGAUAUGAAUGAUUGUUUCAAGUGCCUAGAAAAUCAGUAUCCAAGCAAGAAUAAAGAACAGUGCCUUCCCAAGGCCCUAAUCUUCCUCUCUUUCACAGAACCUUUGGGGCUUAGUUUGGUUUUCCUGAUAUUUUUCUUUUCCACAAGCACUAUUUUGGUACUUGCUAUUUUCAUUAAAAACCAGAACACCCCCAUUGUUAAAGCAAACAAUAGAGACCUGACCUACUGCCUACUGAUCUCCUUAUUGUUCUGCUUCCUUUCUUCCUUGUUAUUCAUUGGCCAGCCUCAUACAGUGACCUGCUAUCUACGACAAUCUUCUUUUGGCAUCAUCUUCUCAGUAGCUAUUUCUUGUGUUUUGGCAAAAACGGUAACUGUGGUCAUAGCUUUUAAGAUGACCAAGCCAGAAUCCAGGAUGAGGAAAUGGUUGGGGAAGAGAAUGACCAACUCUAUUUUUCUUUGUUGCUUCCUUAUUCAAGCUGGUAUUUGUGCUGUAUGGCUCUCUACUUCUCCUCCAUUCCAGGAUUUUGACAUGCAUUCUCUGCCUGAAGGAAUCAUAGUGGAAUGCAAUGAAGGCUCUAUCUCCAUGUUUUAUUGUGUCCUGGGCUUCUUGGGAUUUCUGACUAUGGUCAGCUUCAUAAUGGCUUUCCUAGCCAGGAAGUUGCCAGAUAGCUUCAAUGAAGCAAAAUUCAUCACCUUCAGCAUGUUAGUGUUUUGCAGUGUUUGGAUAUCUUUUGUUCCAGCUUAUCUGAGCACCAAGGGAAAAUACAUGGUUGCUGUGGAGAUUUUCUCAAUCUUGGCCUCCAGUGCUGGAUUACUUAUUUGUAUCUUUUCCCCAAAAUGCUACAUUAUUAUUUUGAAGCCUUCUUUAAACUGCAAGGAUCAGCUAAUAAGGAGAAAAACAUAG